AUGCCUCAUCUGCCUGCAGCUCCCACCCAUCUGGCCACUGUCCACCGCACCUGGUCGCGGUUACAGGAGCUGCGAGCCAACCCGGUCGUCGAGCUGGAUGGGAACCGCCUGGAUAUUGCCUCGGUGGUUGCUGUGGCCUACCAUGGGUGUCUCCCCCAGUUGUCGUCAGACCCCGCGGUGAUCACAGCCAUCACCGACAGUGUGCGGGUCUUGAUGGACCAUCUCGACCAGGGCUACUGCGUCUACGGUGUCAACACUGGCUUUGGUGGUAGUGCAGACUCGCGCACCGACCAGGCCUCGGCGCUGCAGGCGGCUCUCCUGCAGCUGACGCAGGCUGGGGUCCUCACCGCGGCGGACACGACCCCCGGAGAUGCCCGGGGUUUGGCCUCCCCCGCCACCCUGACGGCGAUGCCCAGUGCGUGGGUGCGGGCCUCCAUCGUCGUGCGUGCCAACAGCAACGCCCGCGGCCACUCCGCCGUCACGCUGAACGUGCUGGAGGGUCUGCUGGACCUCCUCCGCCACCGCAUCACCCCCGUUGUCCCCCUGCGCGGCUCCGUCUCCGCAUCCGGCGACCUGAUGCCCCUCUCCUACAUCGCGGGGGCCGUCGAGGGCUCGCCCGACAUCUACGUGCAGGUCGCCCCCGCCGACCCCGCCGGUGGUGCCCCCCAGAUCAUGUCCGCCCACGACGCAUUAGCGGCGGCGGGGAUCCCCCGGCGCGUCAUGGGCCCCAAGGAAGGGCUGGGCUUGGUCAACGGCACCGCCUGCUCCGCCGCGCUGGCCAGUCUGGCGCUGCACGAAUCCCACCACCUCGCCCUCAUCACGCAAGCCCUGGCCGCCAUGGGGGUGGAAGCCAUGCUGGGCACCGCGGAGUCCUUCCACCCCUUCAUCUCCGCCACGCGUCCGCACCCGGGUCAAGUGGAAUGCGCCCACAAUGUCCUCACCUUGCUGCAAGGCUCCCGCCUCGCCGUCGGGGUCCACCGCGAGAAAGACCGCAAACGCGCGGGUCUGAUCCAAGACCGCUACGCCUGGCGCAGCGUCCCGCAAUGGGUCGGUCCGCAACUCGAGGACCUCCUCCUGGCGGACCGGCAACUCACCAUCGAACUCAACUCCUCCUGCGACAACCCGCUGAUCGACCCCGCCGCCGCCGAGAUCUACUGCGGCGCCAACUUCCAAGCGGCCGCCGUCACCUCCGCGAUGGAGAAGACCCGUCUCUCGCUGCAAAUGCUGGGCAAGCUCCUGUUCGCGCAGGCGACGGAACUCGUCGACCCCAACUACAACAACGGGCUGCCCACCAACCUGGUGGCGGACGACCCCUCGUGCUCCUUCACCAUGAAGGGGGUGGACAUCAGUCUGGCGGCCUACAUGGCGGAGCUGGCCUGGCUGGCCCACCCGGUCAGCGCCCACGUGCAGACGGCGGAGAUGCGCAACCAGGCGGUCAACUCGCUGGCCCUGAUCAGCGCCCGGUAUACCAUGCAGGCGGUCGAGCUGGUCAGUCUGAUGAGUGCGGCGUAUUUGUAUCUGACCUGCCAGGCGCUGGAUCUCCGGGCGCUGCAUCUGCGCUUCCUGGAGACGCUGCGGCCGCGCCUCGACGCCCUGACCCGGACGGCGUUUGGCGCGGGGGUGGCGCCGGCGACGCUCGAGACGCUCGUCGCGCAGGUCCGCACGAUCCUCACCACCGCAUGGGGCACGACGACGCGGCUGGCUUUGCCGGACCGCUUCGCGCAGACCGUGCAGGCCGCCGUGCCCGUGAUAGUCGACAUCACCGCCAGCAGCGGAGCGGAGAUCACCCUCGGCGAGAUCACCGCCUGGAAAACGCAGGCCAUCACCGUGUUCGGCGAGGUGUACGCCUCCACCGCGGCGACCUUCAAGCAGAGCCCGCACACCGCGGAGCUGCUCGGCGUCGGGGCGAAGGCGCUGUACACGCUCGUGCGGGAGCAGCUGCGGGUGCCCUUCCACCAGGGCUUCGUGGAGCACCCAGUGGCCGGGUCGACGGAGCUGGACGGGCGCGAGAAGAAAACGGUGGGCUCGUGGGUGAGUCUCAUCUACGAGGCGGUGCGGAGGGGGGAUGUGGUGGGACGGUUGUUCGAGCAGGUCAUGCCUUGA